AUGAUAAAUACCAAUGACAAUUUAGAAGAUGAAUUUGAUGGACUUACAAUAGAGAAAUUAUCAGGAAUUAAGAGAUCUAUAUUAUAAUCUAGAGAUGUUCAUGAUUGGUUUAAGAAAAGGUUAAUUAUUGUAUUGUAAUUUUCAGAUAUAAUGAUAAAGUCAAAAAGAAAUAUUUAUAUUUCCCAGAAGAAAUCAAAUAAUAAUUAGAAGUUAAAAAGAUCUUCUAAAAUUUUGACUAAAAUAAAUCAAGUAUGGAAGUUAAAUUUAAUUUAGACAAUUUGGAUAUGAGUGAAUUAUAUGAGAUGUUUUAAAAAAAUGGUUUCAAAAUUACUGAAGAACAAUUGCAAAAGUUUUUCAAAAUUGUUGAUAAAGAUAGAGAUAGUAAUUGAUAAAUGUAAUCAAAGAUGCUUUAAAUUGGAGUGAAUUCAAAAAUUCAGCUUUCAACGAACAGGCCGCACAAGGUAUGCACAUUCCUAUAUCUUUUUUAGUCUUCUAUGAAAUCAUGAAAGAACUAAGAGAGAAUAUGGAAAAGGAAUAAAAAUUAGACAGUUCUUCUCCUGCUGGAAAAUAUAUGCCAUUUACUUUUAACAAUAUGAUCUCUUAUCUAAGUUAUCUAGCCAGUCGUGAUGAAUUAAAAAAAGCCAUUGAUGUUUUAUACUAUCUUUCUAUUAAUAGGAUACUUCCAUUUCACAAUUAGAGAAGUUCAAAAAAUAUAUGGAAAUGAUUAAUCUCAAUUAAACUAUCAGUGUUUAAAAAAGAAAUCAAUCAACACCUGAAGUUGAUAUCAUUCAUGAAGAAGUAGGAGAAAGUCAAAAUCUAGAUUAAGAAUAAGAAUUUGUUAAAAGAAAUGAACAAAGGUUUAACUUAUAUAAAAACUCUUGUAAAAUAAAUUUAUUGAAUAUAGUUUAUAAUUCUUAGAGUGCUUCUAAAAGUCCCAAAUCAUAAAAAUAACCUAAUAUAUUAUAAAAGGAAUAAUAAUUAAAAGUUCCAAAAAAAUUAAGAGAAAUUGAUGCUAUUGUAAGAUCACAUUAAGUUCCUGAGACUUAAAGUUUAUUUAAAUUAAAGGAAAAAACUAAUAAUUCUAUCAUUAAAUUGAAGCAAGAUGUAUCUAAAUAUAUACAUUUAGCUAAAACUUAAUAUAAUAUAAAUGUAGAUGAAUUAUAAAUCGUAUAUACUCUUUAUUAUUUUUAUAGUAAAGCACAAAAAACAAACCUCCACUUACAUUGAAAAUUAGGAAUUUCGAAGAAGACUUUAAAAAUGCACUAGCAGCACAUUAAAUGUCAUAUAGUAAUUCUGAACCAUAUUUUAAAUUCAAUGGAUCCUCAGUUUAGGAACAUCAAUUGCCAAUACUUGAAGAAAAAUCAAAGACUAUUACUAAUCCAAUUUUACCUGGAGAUCAUUUACCAAUUUCAGUUUUACAAGAGUUAAGAAAAUUUUAAAGAACAUAAUAAAAUUCAUUUAAUUCCAAUACAUUUAAAUCUUUAUUUAAAACCUAAAGUGAUGUAUAAUUUAACAAUAAAUAAUUAGUUUACCAAAACUGCUAUCAGUUAAAAAUCAAGAUCUUAAGGAAGAUUUAUGAAUAUUCAAAAUCAUGAAAAAUUCUAAUUUAGUGUUCCUUAAACUGCAAAACCAAAUUAACUUAGAAGCUAAUUAUCAACAGCACCUUAAUUGAGAGUAGGAACUAAUUAUGGAAUGAAAGUAAUUGAAUAUUAUAUUAAUAUUUAGAAUCAUCAGAAAAUUGAGAUCCAACCUUUACUAGGAAAAUCACUGAUUAAAUAAUGA